CAGAGAGAGGCGGAGCCUGUGGGGUGUGGGACUCCAGACAAAGAAGACAUAUACACACUGAUACUGGGGCGAAAAGAGAGGCAAGACAGCUGGAGAGCUUCGCUUUUUAUUUUUUAACCACCAAAGAAGACAAUCUUCAAGUCCUGGACUACUUUUUUUGUGUGUGUGCGUGUGUGUGUUUUGUUCAACUUUGUCCUUGUGUGUUUGUCAGCUUUAUGGAUUCUUCUGUGAGCUGAGGGAUGUUUGUGCUGGAGCAGUGGGUGUCAUAUCCUGCCUGUAGUGUGCCGAGUGUGGGUUAGUAUGUGUGGGAUGGAAAAGUGGGGCUGGCACAACCAACAGCUCCGCUCUUAGCUUUAUGCCAUGGGGGGUUGCCAUAGUUACCCCUCGGCUAAGAAGGAAGACAGCAAGACUCUUCAGUCAUCUGACAUCAGCAGUGUAAAGCUGGGAAUUAACAACAACAAUCUGGAGGAGCGUCCGUAUCUGCUGCAGCAGAAUUUGAGCCAGCAGGUCGCACGCACAGACAUGGUCGCCCUGUCAGCGCUGCCCCCUGGCGUCGAUCGGGCAGAGUGGCUCGCCAGCAACACUGUGGCGUUUUUCAAGCAAAUUAACCUCUUCUCAAGUGCACUGUCUGAGUUCUGCACUCCCAGCACCUGCCCGACAGCCUGUGGACCAGGCGACACGGUUUAUGUUUGGACCGAUGAUCACGGCAGGAAGCUCAAGUGCUCUGCACCGCUUUACUUUGACUAUGCCAUGUCGUACAUUCAGGAGCUACUGACUGAUGAAGAGGUGUUCCCCACAAAAACAGGCUCCGUGUUUCCGACCGGCUUUGUCUUUCUGGUCCAGAAGGUGUUUUUGCUGUUUUUCAGGACUCUUGCGCACAUUUAUUGGUCCCACUACAAAGAGACCCUCGCGCUGGGCCUGCACCCACACCUCAACACACUGUUCACACACCUCACACUCUUCUGCCAGCAGCACGGCCUGUUGGACCCAGAGGACACGGAGCCAAUGCAGGACCUUAUCACAGCUCUGGGACAGCAAAGCUGAACCUACGGAGCAAACAAAAACAUGUUAUACACUCAUAUUUCCACACGCUAUUUUACAUAUCCGUCACCACUCUGGGCUGAACUCAAACUUAUUUCACAGAAUGGCUGAUAGAAGAGAAAACAGUUCUGGAGCAUCAAGGAGUCCAUUUCGCUUUAAUAGCUUUCAAUAAUCCAAUCAGACCAGACCAGUGUCGUCUGGUCCUUAUGUAUCACUUAUAGCCAUUGCUAUUCUGCAUGUUAGUGUAUUCAAACGGGCCUGGCAUUAUUAUAUUUCCAAAAGGUCAGAAUCUUCAGGAUGACUUGUGUCCGGUGUCUUUUUCCUGUGAGUCAUCAAAUGACACAAAGAGUUCAAGUUCAUAUAAAAAAAGUGCCAUUGUUACAUUUUGAACAUUUGCUAAAACCCAUAAGGAGAUGUAGCAAUGCAAAUGUGAAUAAUUAUUCAUGACUCUCCAUCUGCAUGAAAACCUGUAGCUCUACAUCUGAAUGUAUGGUUCUGUUCUCUGUAAUAAACUUUUAUUAAGGUUGAGUAAAGAAUUAGAUUGCAUUUUAGUGAUUUAAAAGUGUAAUGAAUAUUGGGAAGGACACAUUUUUCAAUGGCAUGUAUCAGUCUUAUUCUGUUCAGUAUUAAGUGUUUUUCUAGUGCUGCGAAAUCAACACGUCUCCAAGUGUUUAGUUUUAGAGAGAGGGAGCACCACCUGCAGGAAGCACAGGAGUCCUUCAUGUUUCCCAUUUUAACCUUCACCGUAGCCGCAGUUCACUGCAGUGUGUAAAUGUUUGAUUGGUUGGCUGCAGCACAUCGGAUCUGAAAUAAAGAGCUGAGUUUCCGCUUUCAUCUGAAGGUGUCAUAAAAACCCUCCAGUACUCUCAGAGCUGGAAAGUCUGCACUCACUGUAAACAUUUGUUAUUGUUCAUUUUAUAUUCAGUGACUUGUAUUGAAGCCAAAAUAAUAAAAAAAAACAUGCAACUGUUCAAAUGCAAA